UGAGACUUGGGUGUAAGCAGCAUUCGCAUUCCCAGGAUAUAGACCGUAGCUGAGUGUUUUCCAUAGCAGAAAAAAUGCACUAAGUCAUCUCAUAAUGGAUUCAAAUAGACGAGUCUGCAUCAGGAUCUCUGUUAUCUUGCUUCUUGUAGCACACAUCACGACUGCGGCAGUUCUCUCUGGAAACAAUCAGACAACUGACUUCAGUCUUGACUGUACCAACGACAUUGAUGAGCUGAUGUUGUGUCAGCUGGAGCUACAAAAUUGCACUGAGUACAGUUUGACUCUCCAGAGUGUAGACGGUAAGAAGAAUUGCAUUUUACAACAGUGUAGCACUGGACAAUGUUGUUGCUCCUUUCGACUGAUACUCGUGCUUGGAGAAACUCACACAGCAUCUAUCUGGAAAGAUGGCAACGUCACGGAGUCAAAAGUUUUCAGUGUCACAGAGAGCAUAAAACCAAGAACUCCAGCAAUCAAGUCAGUCACUGAAUCUGAAGGGAAUUUUGAAGUCAUGUGGACGUCAAACAUGGUGGGAUAUAUAAACAAUGAAAUGACUGCUGUGGUGACUUACUAUAAAAAAGGAGAAACAGAAAAGACAUCUGGACCUUUCAAACCAGCCACAGUUGAUGGACUAAAUUACUAUGUAAUAAAAGGUCAAGACCUGGAUCCCAGUUCAGCAUAUGUGGUCAGCGUGAAAAGCUUCUUAAGUCUGAGUGGCAAGUUCAGUGACAGUAGCGAAGAGUGGGAAUUUCAAACUGCUGGCUCCCCACACUACCCGCUCUUGGUUAUCAUCAUCUGCCUCAGUAUUGCUGCCGUCAUCUUAAGCGCUGUUAUGUAUGGCUCUUAUGUCAAGUGUAAAGGAAACUGGUGGGAUGUAAUUACCAAACCUCCAAAUCCAAGCUUUCUUCAUAUCUAUCCAAGCAAGGAACAGGUUUGAUGACCCCUGCGGGGAAAGGCUCAUCGGUGCCAUCUGAGAACUCCUGGGCUCUCUGUUCCCCAAUUAUAUAGCUGUGGUUGGCACAUCAUUCUGCCUCUCAUGCACCUGCCUGCCUGCCACCUCACCAUGCUUCAACGUACUUUCUUUAUGUUGUUUAAGCACUUGCAAUAGCCAUACUCAUCUAAUGCUAAAGGAAUAUCAACGUGUGUCACACUCACUCAUUCGAUGAAUCGCUGCUUCAUGUUUAAUGUGAAAGAAUCACCUUAAAAAUAUUUGCACAGAGGAGCAAAGCAAACACAGACUUGUAGCUUCUGAUUACUGAAUUUCAUCUUUCAUCAACUGUCAAAUUUACAGAAUAACUAGCUGUUGUUGUUUCUUGUCUUGUCAUGUGUCAUCUAGAGCUGUUAUGACA